UCUCAAUCAAUGCACAGGCUGUGCACGACACGAAGUACUCCUAGGCAUGGGUAUUUUGAUAUUCCACUAUAAGGUUACACAUGUGAAUAGAUCAGUCUGCGAAAGUAUCGAAGAGUGAACGCACAUACGGCUGCUCUUGGUCGGUCGCGCGUUCCAACAAAUGUAUCUCAACCAGUAAGACUCGUAAGACUCAAACUUCAAGCUUUCCCCAAGAGUAACCAGAAUCCACAUUCUGGUCCAGCAACAAACAAAGCUAUUUUGAAGACAUCGGGAGGAUCACCUUAUAACAAUUUUCAUAUAUAGCUUGAGAACCCUGGUGGAAAAAUAGCUGUGAUGGAAUAUAGUGCAUCGCCCGUACGAGUUGUGGAAUACAUCUAACUGAGUCAUGUAUAUCAAGUCCGGCCAUAGAUUCCUCAGCGACAAAGGCCAAAUUGUAUUUCCUGGCCCACCGACCCGUUCGGCCUUCUCAUUCUCAUACAUAACACCACCUACGAGCACUGUUAGCACUACAACAGUUGCCUUGCCCGAAACACCGGAUGUAGAGGAUGAAACAAACUUCAUUGAUAUGUGGCGUGGCAAAACCCAAUCAAGCUCAGACAUGCUCUCAGAUAAAAUUCAGAUGUUCUACAUCUACAUCACAGUCACGAUUACGUCUGUUUUUAUUCUAAUACUACUACUAAUAUUUGGUUACAUGUUAUAUAAACGGAAAGGAUUCCAAAACAUAGACAAUCAACAAAAUAUCGAAAACACGAGAAGGCAAAGCAUAAGGAGAUCUCGCAGUCAUUCCAGAAACUAUUCCAAAGAACUUGAAGCAUUGGACAAUCCAGGGCUCACACUCGUGCCAUAAAGUAAUUCAUACUCUUUAAUACAUAAUACAAUGUAAUGGAAAAUUUUGUAAGCGACAUUUUUUAAUAAAGUUUUAGCAUAUUAUGGGAAAAGAUAAUAUACAGUAAAA